AUGGACGACCCUUCACCUGAUAAUGGUCCUCAUACUGGCAAAUUAGCGCACCAGUACCAUAGCCCAUGGCGGCGGCAACAUGAGGAAGCAUUCGUGACGCCGGCUGUUACACCCGCUGAGAGUCCUGAGCGCAGGAGAAAAGGCAAAUUUCCAGAGGGUGUAAAAACAGGCAUUGAUAGACCCAUACCGAAAGAAAAGAACCUCAUGAGCAAAUCUUCCAACACCCAGACACUCCGUUGCGGGCAUCAGUUUACUGUGGGAAAUAUUAGCAAUGGUUUAAUAUAUCUAAGGUAAAUCUCCAUUCGCCCAGUUUACCACGAGAAGCGGCAUGGACCGAGAUACGCGGGGGAAUGCUCAAGACCGCACGAUGGCAUUCCUUCCUCCGCGAGGGAAAGGAAAUACCCUUAGGUUUCUGGUCACGGGUUGCGGGCUGCGGCCGCUCCUAAGGCCAGUGUAGGAACAUGUUGAACGUUAGCUGAAACCCUCUCUCUUCACAGACCUGUUGCCCGACCAGCGCGCGAUCUACAACAGUUUACGCUACCACCUACAACUCCACCAAGUUCAGCAGAGGAUCCGGAGGGCAAAAACUGGCAACAGGACCGCAGGAAAUGCCGGAGCCAACAGCCGGGGAAACAAUUACCUCCAACACCACCUCCGAAGACACCGCCUCGUAAACGUUCCGUACUUUCGGAUGGGGACACACCGGAUUCUUAUAUGAAAUCAUCACCUCCUAUGCCGCGAACAAGGCAUCAGCGCGCAUACUCCUGCAGCACUGUCGGUGAAAAUUUAUCGCCUUACAAGCCACCAGAUCUUGGUGGCUUUCGAAUGAAAGUUGAGCAAGUUGACGGGCCAAGCGAAGAGCGCCCUCGGCCACGAACCGCCAGCCACCAGGAGACAUGUCGGGCACUUGAUGUACAAAUCCCUGAUUACAGUCUUGGCUCUCCUCACUUUUCCCCAAAUGGAACACCCUUUCUUUAUGGCGCCUCAAGUCUUCAUGUGCCAUCAAUACAGGUGGAGCGAGGCUCUUCCCCUAGCCUUUCUCUCCAAGCUGAUCUAAGAUGGCUCUGGCCUGGGGUGGACGCAAGGUCAUUCACAACUUCUCCAGUCCCAUGUCGAGAGGCUUCUCCACCACCGUCCGAGCAGUUACCAGAUAGCCAAAUCCAACAUACUGCGUCAUCACUCUCUUUAGCAGGCAUGUCUCGUCUACAAAUAUCUCCGGGAAUGUAUGAUAUCUUGUCUUUUCCACCGGGUUCUGAGGAUCCUUCGGUUGUUCGAUAUGAUAAACGCACCCAAGAAAUCAUAGCUGCUGUGCCAGCGAGGAUAAUAUCUCAGAUCACAUCCGCGGAGUUUGUGGAUUAUCACCUUCUUUCCGACUUUUUUCUUACUUUCCGACUGUUCAUGCGGCCAUCCGAUCUUGUUGCAUAUCUUGUUGCCCGGCUGUGGUGGGCUAUCGAUCGCGAAGACGAUGUAGGGAGGGUGGUGCGUGUUCGGACGUUUGUUGCCAUUAGGCACUGGCUUCUCAACUAUUUUGCCGACGAUUUCAUUCCUUCACUGCCCUUGAGAGAGGAUUUUGCGAAAGCUCUGAAUAAUCUGUCGAAUGCAGUUUGUGAAAAUGGUCAACUUUCCGAUAUAAAGAUAAUUCGCGAGCUGAAGAGGUGUUGGAGGAGGACGUGUGCUCUGUACUGGGAUACGCCCACCCAGUCUGAUGUGAGCACCGAUCAAGACAUUCUACCAGGUGGCCCGCCAGGGAGUAGAUUCGACUCCGGUAAACCCCUGUCAACAUUGCUACACCCUGGGAAAUCUGCUCCUGGACUCGGAACGUUGCUCCCUGAUCACAACACUAGUACGGAGGCAUUUAUUCAGGAUGUGGUUGGGGCAUCUGUGGCCGCGAGGACUACUGGUGGGACCCCACUUGGCAGUCUCUCCAGACCUGUCAGUAACCUCAGCAAUGACUCAGCAAUGACCCCGUCGCUCCCGCACUUUCCUCUAGAGAACAGCAACAAACCGACCCCAGCACUGUACACAUGUCCACCUUUGAUGCCAAAGCCAUCUCAAACCACUAUAUCGUCAGAUACAGCGGGAUCAGUAGGGGAGGGUGGUAAGAAAUAUCGUCCUACUCCGCACAAAAGGUCGGGCUCAUUUUCGGAUGCCUUAAGAGACACCCGACAGCCUCUUCCACUCCCAAAAUCAAUUGCACGUUCGACGCAUCUUCUAAUGGCUUUACCCUAUGCCGGCUCGUUGGUUAGAGGAAACUUAUUUCCUCCAACACCAGCAUACGUGCAAGUUGUGGCACCUUCCACACCAGUCAGUGAACUAUCUGACUAUGGAUUCCUCGUUCCUUCCGACGUGGCCAGUGGUUCUGUGGCCACGCAAUUUGCGAGGAAAACUUGUGACCCAAAUCAGGGAAACAAGGCUCUACAUGGCCCUGGUAUGAAAAGAUUUUUGGGUAGCGUGCGUAGAGCAUUAAGCGGAAAAGUGGGAAAUGGCGCCGGGCCCCAUAGUGGUGGUGGUGGUGGUAUGCGUCCACCACUUCCAACAGCCAGACCAGCUCGUGGCAGAUCUCUUGGCUCAACACCCGACAGCUUAUCACUAUCCAAAUUUAUGGCUGCGAAUUCAUCAGGAAACAAGGUUGCUAUGCUUGAAAACGGCAAGGCGGUGAGGAUCGAUCUACUGGGAGCAGGAGUGGUUGAAGCAUUCCAACGCGCAAUGCAAGAGGAAUUUUCUAAUAGCGAUGCCGAGUGGAUAUCCUACGACGUCACGCAAGCUGAAGGAGAGAGAGGGAGCUCAUUGCAUAAAAACCAGAUUCAAUUGGACGGCGUUAGCGGUGAUGGGUCACUAUUGAGGGCCGGGCUCGAAAGCGCUUUGAGUGAGGAUGGAAGCAAUGCCCCGGAGCCUUUGGAAAUUCCACCCACCUCAGUUGCAAGGCAGCCAAGUUUACGAGAAACUGUUGAGCAACUUCCGAAUUUUGGACCAGCUGAAUCGGCCGUUUCAGAAAUUUCCGAUAUGGUGGGUGAAGCUGGCGGUAUCCGCGGUCAGAAAAAUUUGCCAGGUAGAGGUUUUCAGUCGUCUAUAUUUUCGGGAGAGUCUCGGCAAGCUCGGAGGAGCAAGUCUUUUUCAUUCGAAAGAACACCAUAUUCGUUCAGUCAGCACUACGGCAGUAUGCGUAGGAAGCCAAGCGCAUCUCCACGUCCCGGAGCCGGAGGAAAGUCUUUACAUUCGGCUCGCUCUUUCUCGGCUAAGCGUGCCCAGUCCGACUUUAGUCAAUUUAGCAGUGCUAUAGAUGAUAACUCGGAAACGUUCAGUUACAUCAGCUCGCCAGGGACAAAGCGAGCAAACCUCCAGCCUGCCCGUAUGCUGAGACGGAGGCCUGGUGGGGACUUGAGACUCGCAGCAACUGUGGGUGAUCUUGAUGGGCGACCGAGAUCUGCUGGUUCUAUAGGGACCGGCAAUUUUUCUGAUAUUGGUGCUGCUGGGUCACCUUUACAACAAAGACCCAACUCGAUUUGUGUGACUGAGAGUAUAUAUCCGCAGCAACGAGUGCCGACGGGGAUAAUUUCGUUGGGAGCAGUCGCCAAGGGCGCAAGUGCCCCCAUGGAUGGCACGCUAGCUGAUGGGAAAGCUGGCUGUUCGGAAGCCGAUGCGAAAGCUUCGUUCGAAGCCGGGGUUCAAAAACUGAGGGACCUUCCUGAUUUUGAAAGCGAUGAUGGCGGUAUAGAGGUUGCAUUGAUGAAGCUCGAGGGCACCUAUCAGAAGAGGGCAUCCGAUUUAUCGCCUGGAAAGGAGAAGAAUCCCACUAUGAGUUUUGCAUCCGGUCGAUCAUUUACCUCUCAAGACUCGUUAGUGAUAGUUGGAGAUGCGCACUCGGAGAGAACCUUUGGAAUCGAUACCUCUGUCGAUGACGAUGAAUAUAUGAGGCGGAUGAAGCGCAGGCAUAAACAAGUGCUUGACCAUGUUCCGCUUGAUACGCCUCCUAUCCUGGAGGGAGGCUCAGUUGGAAAUUCCUCUGCGGGUGGCGCCGUGUUUAAGGACGAAUCUGAAGCCUCAGGGCCCAUUCUGGAGAGGGGCCUUUCUGUCAACCAUUGGAACUUCCGUGGGACGGUGACUUCUUCAAAUCUAUCACUCCCUCCACUGGAGUGUGGAAUGUCAUCUGGUCCCUCCCCGAUACACCGAGGCUUAUCACCGCGCCCAUCACCAAACGGAAGUGAUCUACGCAAGAUCGACACCGGGUUGGCAAAGUAUCUAGACAAGAGUUCUAGUUCAGAGCAACUUAGGGAUGAUAUAAGUGAGCUCUCGUCCGAGAUAUCAUUUGAAAUGGUUCACCCAGUCAAUAAGAGCGCAACAAAGUUUCCUCCGAUGCAACCUGGGACUAUUAUUGCAGAGCUUGGUAUUCCUUCACAUCCCUUGCGGCAUCCUCCAUCACCACCUCUCACUCUCGAGAAAACUCUGUCCACGUCACCCAUUAACGCAAGUCCUUCGGCUGUCCGUCGGCCCCGUUCUCCCGUUAGCCCUCCUCGAGCGGAAUUGUUUCCGCGAUCAAGAGAGCUAGAGGGAGCGUCGCCAGAUGCGAUCCCUAGUGGUGACGGUCCUCAUGAUAAGGAUGCGGAGCCAACCCUUCAUCCCACUUCAACUCACUUGCCAUUUAUCCUUGCUUACGACUCGGGGUUGCUUGCGAAGCAAUUUACUUUAAUCGAAAAGGACGCGCUAAUGGAAGUGGACUGGAAAGAGCUUGUUGAGUUGAAAUGGAGUCAGACAAGCUCGACCGUGAGAGAUUGGGUUGAAUUCUUGAACUCUGAGGGUACAAGGGGUGUCGAAGUGGUGAUUGCUAGGUUCAAUUUGGUCUGUCACUCCAAGCUGCAACUUAAGGAAACCUUAUUGACAAAUAUAUAG